GCGUCUCAUCUCCUCGCCUCAGCAGUAUCAAAAUAUUAAAUUUUCUCGUAAGCACAUACUAAGUGACUCUGACUUUGCUUGUGAAGUGAUUUGAAUCUUGUGAACUGUGAAGAAACGUCUCCAUUCUGAUUUAAUAUGCGGUGGAGGCGAGAAGAUAUGAAUAUAAUAAUGUCUCCGAAAACUGUGGUCGUCCUCGUGUUGCUGGCUUUUAAUUCGUUCCAAACUUGUCAUGGAGCUCGAAGAACGGCUCAUCGAAGACGAGAUGCUUCAGACCUUUAUCUACCAGCUCCGAGCGCGGAAUCAUUGACGGCAAUCGCCCAAGCGAUGGGCGCGGCCGGCUUUGAAGAUUACACCGAAGGAAAGGCGCUCGUCAAACGACUAAUACCCGCUGACAGCCAGCCUGAUUUGGACGUCGUCGAACAUUUGGGAGUUAUUGGCAAGGUCGGCGUUGAUUUUCCUGCUCUGCCCAAUAUCCCAAAUACUGGAUUUAAUUGCAAGAACGUGCCUACUGGAUAUUACGCCGAUCUGGAAACUGAUUGCCAGGUGUUCCAUAUCUGUGACACGUCCCGAAAAAUAUCCUUCCUAUGUCCAAAUGGCACCAUCUUCAGCCAGUCGCAUCUCAUCUGUGACUGGUGGUUCAAGGUGGAUUGCGCGUCUGCCCCUGCCCUUUACGAGUCCAGUGUAGAGUAUUAUUCAAAUGAACAAAAGAAGUCACAAAAAGUCAGCCAUACUCUCAGCAAGAAUCCUGAUCUUCAACAAAUUGGAGCUGACAGUCAUCUUCGUUCAGAAUCCAGGAGAGCUCCUGUUAAUGUUCCUAGCACUACCGAAAGGUUAUUUAGACAUCGUCAGAAACUUCAAACUGAUACUUUAACGUCAAGUGCACCAAACGCUAAGGCAACCGCAAGAAGCUUCCAAACACUGUUUGAAGUAAACCCGACUCAGAGAACCCAAGCUGCUACUGCUUUUGAGAAAAGAAGAAAAAAUCUAGUACAAUUGAUUACGAACAAUUUUGAUGGGAUUCCCGUAAAGACGACGUUGCCGGUCUACGACAGUUCUACUCUCAAAAGUACUAUACCAGCUUAUGAUCACAACAGCCUAAAAGAAAUGCAAGUAGCGGCAGAAACUGCUUCUUUCGCCCAAAAUCAAAACAGACAAUUCCUUCAAGAAUAUAAUACUAAGAACUUCAGACCGUACCCAGUUUAUACUCCAAAUAUUACACCUAAACCCGCAAAAUCUAAAAACAAUCCUUCUUUAACCACUCUUUAUGAUAUUCAAGCAAAACAUAUAACUCAGUACCUACAGGAAGCGACAACAAAGCGACAAACGUUAGUCCCAUAUACCAAAAGUUAUGCCAGCAACGUUAACGAAAGAAACGAGCCAUACACAAGGCCAGGAGUAUCAUUACUAAGAGAUUUUUUGGAAAAGGAAAAAAACAAGUCAAUAUCGACAACAACUGAAAAGAUUGUUGAAGCAACAGCUCGUAGUGAUAAAUAUGAAAGCCAAACUUAUCCUGAAAGAAAAGUGACAAUUGAAACUAAAGAUAAUUUUGAAUCUGCAACCAAGAUUCCACAAACGACUAGAAGCGAUAAAACUGAAACUGCAUCCUCCGACAGUGAAACAUAUUCAAGUCUUAAUCCAACAACUCAAGAAACAACUGAUGCAUCUUACAAAGAACGCCGAGAUAGGCUUAUGAGAAAACUUAAUUUUGAAGCAUCUGAAACUACUGAACCUGGUGUACCCACUACACCUACUGACAAAUAUUUCGGAGAUCAACCCACUAGAGCGGGGCUAUUAGUGCCUCCUUCAUUAACACCCAAAACUCUUCAUUCUUUGGCUAUUUACUACGCUACAGCCUUAGACAAUUUAUCAACAACAACUCCUCCUGAAGAAGGCGAAACGACUACACCAGCUUUCGAUGAGUACGAGUCAAUCGAACAAAGUUUACCAGCACUGUUCAGUCAUCAGACUAUCACCAAAUAUGGUAGUCUUUUUGGACAUGGUUCUAGUAAUGCUGAACUCUUAGAAGAAAUUAAACUUGAUCCGAAUGGUACUUUUAACGAACUAGCCGAAGAUCUCUCGGUACAAAUGAGUCAAGGUCCUUUGGCUACGUCUCCUCAAAUUAGAGAACUAGCUCAAGUAUUCACGCAUGCUCUCUCCGCUUAUCUUCAAGAUCCAAUACAAUUUAGAAAAGUUCUUUCAGACAUAAGACCAACACAUCCUUCAUUCACAGAUAUGUUAACAACCAGUGAUGAGUUUUCUCAUACAGAACCAACAACUACAGUUAAUGAAGAAGACGAUGAAAUAUUAGGAUUUUCUGAUGACCACAAAGUACAUGAAUCCGAAAAUUCUGUCAGAGGAGGUAAAGCUCUCAAUCGUGAUACCGAAUAUCCCUCUACAACAGAGGAUACAACUACAACGGCUAAACCUACAACAGAAGCCUUUUCCACUUAUUCAACUACGACGCGUAGAAAUCCUUUCAGAUGUUGUGGAAGAAUAUCUGCAUCGUAUACCACCGCUCCAACACCUAGAGAUAUUUAUUCCACUUUAUUUCCAUAUACUAAUACGGCAGCUGCAAACGUAAAUUCAUUGAUAAACAACAACAAUGAAGUAACACCCAUUGCAGACAGCAUUACGUUAUUUAGACAAGGAGGGAUACCAAAUAGCAAUAUUAUAUCUUUAUUCGGAAAGACCGUUAGCACUACUGAGGGCACCCCUUUUAAUGAUUUUUCAGAAGUGACUACUGUUCCCACAGCCUGGGGAGUCGACAGUGUUGAUUCUACAUUAUCUCCAAUAACUAACUCACAUCAAAUGUUUGAGAGUAAAAAACUUAGAGCAACGACUGUUAUACCUGAAAGUACACCAAUAUACUUUACUGAAAGUGAUAGCAUUGAAUUAGAAAAUGAAGAAGAACUACAAAGAGCUCACAGUCAAUCAUUUGUAUCACCUCAAAAUAAUAAUCUACGUCAAGGAAAACAACUUAAACAAGAUAAUAAGAAAGCGGUUAAGAAGCCGUCUGAAGAUUUAGAGGCACCUACGCAAUCUACUAUAGAUACUACCACUGCAACAGUACAAAUCACAACACAAGCAACAACGACUCUUAAAGAUCAAACAGAAGCGUUAACUACAGUGUCUCCUUUAUCCAGUAGUAUAUUUACCUCUCCUGACAAUGAUAAAUCAACAAAUGAUUUCCAAUGGCAGACUACAUUUGGAAAUUGGCAAAGCACUAUUCUCGAUCCCAUGACAUUGAACGAUGGCCUUAGUCCCACAGGCCCUGAAGAGAGUAUCUCUGAAAAGACCCAACAAACUACUGAAUGGGCUUCAAACACUGCAACAACUCCAUCGCACGUAUCUACAACAAACGAACCUAUUUAUUCAUCUACGCUAAAUGCAGAAGUAACAACACCAACACAAAGCAAUGACCAAAAUGAACGUUUCGGUAAAUUUCUUCGAGAUCCAACGUCCACUGAACCCGCACUAGAUUUGUCAACGGUGACAGACACAAUCGUAGAAAAGGCUAAAGAAAUUAUGGAAGGCAUGAAUGCAACUACUACGCAGAAAUUAAUGAACGUUAUGAAAAAAACCAAAUCUAAAACUGUAAAACGAUUAAUACUACUAUUAGUACAGACGUGCGAUGACGAUCAUAACUCUACAGCUGAAGCCUCCAAAAAGGCUCUAUUAGAAGCUCUCAUGGCUGUCUCUCAAAAAGACAUGGAAGAAAUUGCUAAAGAAGAAGAUUUAACUGAAGCACCAUCAACUGUUUCGGAUGUAGAUUUUGUUAAAACGACAGAAAUCCAUCGCCGAAUGGACCGAAUGCCAGUGCUAAGACGAGGAAAAAAAUUAAAUAUCGAAGCUGAAGCCAUAAAUUCUCUAUCGAAUCCAUCGACAACGGAGAGUUUGAAGACUGAUGAAACGACAGAAAUUACAACAAUCAGUUCAGUGAGAACGACAGCACCCAGUCGCAGAGGGGGUAGGAAGUUUAUUGCAAAAACAACAGAAUCAGAUCAGUUUAGAACGACGGUAACUGAUCGACCAAUCGCAGAAGCGAGAGUCGCCCCACAAGGUGAUUUGAAAGUGCAAUCAGACACAAGAGCAUUAGAAUUAUUAAGGUCCUUAUACACUAUCGCGGCGCGAUGGGGAUAAAUUGACGCGAUGCAUUAUUUAUUUAUAAUUAGGGUUCGUUACAUUUAUGUUGAACGA